GUUUGCGGGAGGUUGUUAGGUGGUACGUACGCGUCUAUCCGUGUGGCUGUUGAUCAGUCCUGUCUCGCUUGUGGGUGCCGUUCGAGGCAUAGAUAAUCAUCCCACCUCGUGAGUAUUGUGUCGGAGCGGGAGAGAAUCCCUCUUCCUGUUCAGAGUGGUUCUGAAGGCGUAUUCAGGCGGUUGGGAAUACAUGUUGGCACAGGACACUGCCAAUGGCAUGGGUGGUGUAGGUGGUGGAGAUGGUCAGUUCAGUGAGGAAAAUGGCGCCGUUCAUUGUGUCCUGGUGCUCCGUGUGAGUGGAUGAAAAUAAUUUCAAAAUUUGAUUGACAAAGUGAAUUGAAAUUGGAAAUGCACGCAUGAUUUCGUACGCAUAAGUUCUUGCUGCUGCACGUGAACGAAUAUUUCCACAGUAAUUGUACGGAGGCUCGUGAAAAGUGCACGGAAAAAAAUCAGUGGAUGUGAAAAGUGGCAAACCUCUCCGGGGGGUUCGUUGAUUUAUUGCUGAAUUAUUGAAAAGCCCCGUGGUGAAUCUGAACAAUUCGGAAGAUAAAUAAUUUACCCCUUCCAUUCCCGAAAAUAAGAUUAGAAGUGUUAAAAUUGUUCGACUAGCUUUGGUGGCAAAAUUCUGAUAAAAAGUCAGAACGUACAAGAGACUGAAGAAAAAGAGCAUGAAAGCAUAGUUUUGCAUGGCUUGGCUGCUUCUGCGUUUUUGAAGUGAGAACUACGUGUUUAGUACGCUCGCAAAUAAUCCCCUCCUGGAACGGAAAAGGAUACACAUAGCUCUACCGAGCCGAAGAAGCGCAACAGCACGUCUAGACCGAAAAAAUCGACACUUCCACAUUGCUUCCGGGCCGGAUGCCGUUGUGCUGAUUUUAAAUAAAGGCGGUGCGUGUGGGUCGUGAAAAUCGGAUAUCGAAUCAUCAUCGGCGGAAGCUGACCCCGAAGGCAACUUCCGAAUCGGCCCAGCUGAACCCGACUGCUGCUCGAAACACCUGCCUUGGAGGAUGAAAAAUGAUUUAGGUAUUACCAAGCAAUAGCGAAAGCACACGUGGCAAUCGUGCCACCACAGGACAAGAAGCACGCUUUUACCCGACACAGCGUAAUCGGACGCUGUGUAACCCAAGGAACCACUCGUGCACCCACAAACCCCACACGGUUCUUCCAAGCUGCAAAGAAAACUCCGGCAAGCACCAUAGGUUCAACCGAGAAAGGAUGAAGUUUUCAAUUCCGCUCCCAGGAGGUGGUAGCGGACUGACGCUCUUCUCGAAACUCGUCCGCACCAAGGACCUCCGCAAGUUCCAGGGCGAAGAUCCGAAAAGUACAAAGCCAAAACUAACGAAAUGUCUGACCACGCUCGACCUAACCUCACUCGGAGUGGGAUCGUGCUGUGGCACCGGUAUGUAUCUAGUUGCUGGUAUGGUAGCGAGAAACAUAGCUGGCCCCGGUGUAGUGUUUAGUUUUAUCAUAGCGGCAAUAGCUAGUAUAUUUUCAGGCGCCUGUUAUGCGGAGUUUGGCGUGCGAGUGCCACAUACCUCCGGUUCCGCGUACAUGUACUCCUACGUGUCGGUGGGAGAGUUCGUGGCGUUCGUAAUCGGAUGGAACAUGAUAUUAGAAUAUUUAAUUGGUACGAGUGCGUGUGCCUGUGCGCUGAGCGCAAGUUUCGAUUCGCUAACCGGAGGCUUUAUCAGUAGGAGUAUAACAUCCGCUGUGGGGACCCCGUUCGGACGCGCGCCGGAUUUCAUCGCUUUCGGCAUCACGCUGCUGAUGACCUGCGUGCUGGCACUGGGAGCCAGUAAAUCGGUGCUCUUCAACAACGUCCUCAACACGGUGAAUCUGGCCUCGUGGGUAUUCAUCAUGACGGCUGGACUGUUCUAUGUUGAUACGUCCAAUUGGACCGAGCACGAAGGCUUCCUGCCGUACGGAUGGAGCGGGGUGUUUACCGGGGCUGCGACCUGCUUCUACGCCUUCAUUGGGUUCGACAUCAUCGCGACGACCGGCGAGGAAGCGCACAACCCACAGAAGAGCAUCCCGAAGGCGAUCGUCGGUUCGCUCGUGAUUGUGUUGUUUGUGUACGUCACGAGCAGUUUUAUGCUAACGCUGAUAGUUCCGUACGAUCACAUCGUCAGCAGUUCGGGGCUGGUUCAAAUGUGGACCUAUGUCGGAGCUACCAAGUGUCGAGCGCUGGUAGCGAUCGGUGCAACCGCGGGUCUCGGCGUAGCAAUGUUCGGUUCAAUGUUCCCCAUGCCCCGAGUAAUAUACGCGAUGGCCCAGGAUGGGCUGAUCUUCAGGGUACUCUCGCAGCUGUGGGCCCGCACAGGAGUACCUGGGCUGGCCACCAUCGGGAGUGGAAUCGCUGCUUCGCUCGUGGCACUAGCCGUGCCUCUCGAAGUUCUCGUGGAAAUGAUGUCCAUCGGCACGUUGCUUGCCUACACACUGGUUUCGACGUGUGUGCUCAUUCUGCGCUAUCAACCGCACACAACAACGCUGGUAGAUUUACUGCCGGCUCAGUUGCGGACGCCCCAGCCUCCUGGCACUCCGGACCCAACGAGUCAGCAUCGCUUGAAGGACAAUGUGACGAUCAAAAAGAUUACCCGAGCGUCGCCCGAUUCGGACGAUAGUUUCGCUGAUGACAGUCCCGAUGGAUUCAUGGGUCGGGACGACCAGUUCCUGGUUUCGGAUAAGUCCGAGAACAAGUUUUAUGGUGCUGUCCACGGUGCUCCCCAAGGCGGAUCGAAUCCAUUCACACUCUGGGGCUUUGACUAUAUCGGUCGGAAGAUUGAGCAAUAUUCCUAUCUAUGUCCAGGAUUGUUUCCGUGGGUGAAUCCAGGACCAGCCACACAUGAAAGCGGAAUGUUUGUGACGAAAAUGGUCGGGCUGAUGUAUGUUUGCAUAUUCUUCCUGGAUUUGUUCAUGGCGAUAGGGCUUUCGAGUGGUCUUAUGUCUUUGAUCUAUACUGCCCUCGUACUGGGAAUACUCAUUAUUUUGAUGAUCAUUUCACGACAGCCUCAAAACCGAUACGCAUUACCCUUCCUAACACCGGGACUUCCAUUCAUUCCAACCAUCGCCAUCACCGUCAAUAUUUAUCUGAUAUUUAAGCUAAGCGUACUGACGUUGGUCCGCUUUACGGUCUGGAUGUCACUGGGGCUGAUAAUGUACUUCUACUACGGAAUCACGCACAGUUCGCUCGAGAAUCCUAGCGAGGAGUUUGAACUGACGGUGGACGGCAACGGUCCAUCAACCGGUCAGCAAACCAAUCUCAAAGUUCCUUCACAGAAUAACCACCGCGAGCAGACGGGCGCAUGGGAGCGACACGGGUACGAAAAUCGGAUGGCAACCAAUGACGAUGGGGAGCUACAGUGGGGCGCAAGUUAUACCAACACGGCCAACAGUUGGAACCCAAAUGAUGCAUGGACCGAUACGACUAUCUACGAUCCACCCCGUCAACAACAACAACAACAACAGCAGCAGCAGCAACAACGUCGUCAGACGGGAUCGACAAACAUAUUCCAGCCUCCUCCGACGCAGCAACGGCCCGAGAUGAAAAAGGAUGGCUUCGGGAUGUUUUACCAAGAGAGCCCGAGCUAUCCCACAUGGGACGACUAAACGGCUCCCGGCCCGGUUCCAUUCACAACCAUCUGUACAGACACGAGAGAGCAUCCGGAGGACUGAAAGCGGUGAAAUUAACGGGAAAGCAAUCAUCAUCCAUCAUUAUCUGUGUUGUUAUUAUUACGUCGUUAGUCAGACUGUCGCAUUCCAUCGCAUAUCGUGGCUCGUGCCACACAGACUGGGUAGGGUGGAUGCGAGCGAGGAACAAGGAAACGGACACAUGUAGUUUUAUGUUUACAUUAGCUUACAAAGGCGAGCCACUGCGAGAUCCUCGAGUUGGUCCUGUAGCGGUGCCCACCCGCCAUCCGAUGGCGGUGCAUGCAGCUUGGCUAGAUUUGAAUUGACGAUACGCUAUUCUGGUUGUUUAAUUAUUCAACAUCAUCAUACAUGCACUCGGUGUCUCUGCGUGAUAACUGAGUGCUGUGGGUUUGCCGAGGCGUUGUUGAGUUUGUACUAAUUGCUCUUAUCAGGUCAAGAUUAAUGUCAACAACGGAGGAUUUCCACCAGAUCAUCCAUUGUUGUGGCGAAAGGAUGGUAACAUGAUUGGGGUGUAUAACAACCUUCUUCAUCAGAAACUUGUUGCAUUUUUGAAAAUUAGUGAUUGCUCGGAAACAUACAAAGCGAUAUUGUUCCAUCAUGAAAUGUUCCAUUUGGAACAGUGAUGAUCAGGCAUAGACAUGGUGCUAGCCGCAUUAGAAAAUUCAUUAUAGCCGUUUUUUUCUCACUACUUUACAACCUUUUUUCUAACUAUUUCUACUACUACUACUUUUCAUAAUGUAAAAUAUACUAGUAAACUUUUUUUGACUCACUUGUUACAGGGCAACUUCGAUAUAACGUACAUUUUACUUUCAAAAUUGUACGUUGUAUCGCAUUGCUCGUCAUCUUCUUCUUCUUCUUCUUCGAUGGCACUAACGUUCCUAGAGGAACUUCGCCGUCUCAACGUAGUAUUACUUGCGUCAUUUUUAUUAGUACUUAGUUAAGAUUUCUAUGCCAAAUAACACGCCUUGAAUGCAUUCUGAGUGGCAAGCUCUAGAAUACGCGUGAACACAGUGCAAGUCGGAGGAAAUUUCUUUUGACGAAAAAUUCCCCCGACCAGAACGGGAAUCGAACCCGAACACCCGGCGUGUUAGUUAUGACGCUAACCACUCGGCCAAGGGAGCACAUCAAUUGUUCGUCAUAUCGAAGCAUAAUAAGGAACUCAGAAACGUAGUUUAUAUUACUUUAUUGUGUUGCUGUUUGAGUGAGAACAAUAAAUAAAUUCAACUAGAGGACGAAGCCAACUUUGCUCAUGAUGUUUCCCUUCGUACUGUUUGCUUCAUUUAGAAUAACAAAACAGUUAACAGUUAAAACAGUACAAAACAAGCUUUAGUAUCUAAAUACAGAUAAUUUAUUGUUCUUUCAGAAAAAAAAAUUAAAAUGAUUAUACCUUUGGACUUUGAAAAUGUGUACGUUAUAUCGAGGGUACGUUAUAACGAGGAUACGUUAUAUCAAAGUUUCCCUGUAUUUUAAAUUAGAAAGCAUUCAGUUCUAUACCUGUGACUCGAGAACAAAAUGAGAUAAAAACCCAAAACUUUAAUUGAAGAUAUAAAAAUAUCCAGAAUUAACAUUUUUUGGCAAAAUUAUUCGACCAUCUCUUCUUCACGCAGACGCUAGGGCCUAUCAUCAAUCGCUGCAGCUUCUCGAUAGAAUUGUUUAUCGAUAAGUAAUUCCAAUGAGAACGUCCAUAGACACGCUCCUCCAACUUGGCCCAAAGUGAAUAAUCCGAUGGAUUGACAAAUGGCUAAUCAUCUUGCGGAGAUUGUUGCUAGUUGUGAGGAGUUUGUUGCCAUCCUAGGAGUUUUUGCAUCUUUCCAAACAUAUUCACUUCAAUCUGGGCGUUAAUAAAUGACUCACACAUCGAUGUACGCACCAAUUAAUUCAUCAUUUUGACUGAUGAAAGCUUUGAACGCUGAACAACAAGGAUAACAUUAUGCAGCCGACCUCGGACGUCCCUUUUUGGGCAUAUCGCCCGCAUCAGCUGUUUCUUUGUAUUGUUGUCGUGUAUGAAACACGAAUCGUUCAUUUAUAGAAAACGGUUUCGUAGAUCUGUUUUGCCGUUUUCCCGCACUUAAAUAACCUGACAGUUGUCACAUGCUUCUCGUCCAGUCCGAACCAAGGCGCGUAGAAGUAUAUCCUAAGGUGGGCCAACUUGCUAAAACCAUUCUUCAGCCAUCUUGGAAGUCUACUGUGUUUUGUUUGUUAACAAAACACAAUACGCUUGUGUCCAAGCUCGCUCGUGAUCAGUCUGUCUCUUUCACGCUUCAAGGAAAUAAUUCCCCUUCUGCUUUCUUCCGUACUGUUUUCAUAUACCGCUCCCCUAACCCACUUAGUGACGAAACGGCCUCACCUAGUACCAUAGACCCGUCUUGGUCCGAACUUUAUCGUUGCUAGGAAAUCGAACAGAUACUGAUGGGACCGUGAAACUUGGUGAGAGUGAAGGGGGAUAUCGAACUACACGAUUGCAGUGUUCCCAAUUUUCUUCGUUCCAAAUUUCUCUGCUGAGAGCAGUCGCAAUUUCAUUGACAUAAUUAUGACUAUACUUGAUUAUGUGAAUACGGUAUUAUGAUUAAAUCGGACGUUCUUUCAAUCAUCAAAAAGUUUCUAUAAUAUUUUUUGUUGGUUGCAAUAUAGAAAAUCCUUAAAUACAAACAUACUCCAACACCGUUUCAUUUUCACUCGAACUACUGUUCUUGAGCCAUUUUAUUUAAAUCAGCUUGAAUGGGAGAGAUAGCGAUGCAAAGCGUGUUUUCCAAAUGACUGUCAGUGAUUUUGUUCCUUGACUUCGAAAUCAGUUCUUCCAUAACUGAAACAAUUGCUCACAAAUAUUUGUGGAUUCGAACAAAGAAGUAAUAAAAUAAGCAUGUUUUAUUAGUCCUGUAAAUCGCGCUUCUGAAACAAAUCCAAAAUCCGGAUUUUUAGCGUUACGUAAUUUGUGCACGACGCCUAUCGAGAACAACUGCCAGAAAGUUAAAUUAAAACGGAAAAAACGGAAAAGAAAACAGAAAAGCAGCAGGUUUUUUUUAUCCCAUUUAUUUAUUUAAGGCUCAUUAGCAUUUCAGUUGUAACAGAGCCGAAUUUUAAUCGUGUACAUGUCACAUGGUUAUCAUAUCUAUAAUUAGCACAUUACACAGUUGCCGUUCGCCAGUAUUCCUUCUAUACCAUUACAUAUGGUACAUUCACACAGUAGCCAUUUAGGCGUAAGAGUAUUCUGUCUGUUCUUCCAUUAUCCAGUUGGACCACCGGACAGCGGAGACAGUUGAUUGAUCAUUGUUGAGUUAUUUAUAGAACUAUAUCUCCAUCGCUGAUGAUUGUUGCGUGGACGAAGCUAUUCUGUAACAACACAAAGAUGGUCAAUGAGGGUCCUGAGUUUUGAACUCACGAUCGAUCGCUUACUAAGCGAACGCGCAUCCAAUGUGGCUACGGAGACCCCCUUAGCAGCAGGUUGGCCACCACUGAUUUAGAACGAAGUAUUAGAUUUUUCCAUUAUUACGACAGCAACAGAUAUCAAUCAAAACUAACCUACCUUUUCUAGGUAGGUUAGUAGGUUUUGCAAUAGAGAGACUUUAAACUUUUGCAGUUCAUUCGUUUCAAGCCUUGAGAAAGACGCUUGGCGAAAACUCUACUUUUCCGUUUCUUCUCCUCGAUGUCUCACAAAGAAUGUACCUUGUCUACAGAAUUGUUUGUUUUUUAUCCAUUGGUCAACCAUAUUGACGUAGGACUACAUCUUCUUUUUUUAUACAGAGAUGUAAGUUCAAAGUUUCGAAAACGAGAGCGUUACAUAGGAGGAACAAGAUUUUAGCGUUCAUACCUCUUUAGCGGCCGAACGAAACCAAUUCAUUCGAAACAUAAAUUGUACGCGUUAUAUGAUUGUUACUAAUUGCUUCAAAAGAUUUCUUUGAAAAGGCUAUUGAAAUCACACAAAUUUGUAUGUAAGCUGGUGCCCGCUCGGAAAUACAUGCAGCUAUGAUUGCGCAGCGAUUAAUGUACGAUUGCCGGAAUGUGUUUCCCUAAUACAUGGAAGUGUGUGCAACACAUAGAAACAAGGAGUUUUCCCAAAUCGACAUUGCAAUAUAGUGCUUUUUUACUCGCAUGCAUUUUGGCCUGCCGGAAUAUGUUUUCCCAAAACAGACUUCAGAACCAUGGAGUGUGCGAAAACGACAUUGCAAAAUAGUUGCAAGUCGGCGGUACUUUUAUACCCGCAUGCAUUUUGGCACUCCGGAAUGUCUUUUCCUAACACGGACUACUAAAGCGGGUACGAACACAACGCUUUGGCUCAGUUAUUCAAGACUGAAUUGGGAGAUAUCCCUUCAUGUCAUGAUUAUGCAAAAUGUCGAUAACCGUUUGCUGCGAUAACGUCGAUUGUUUCAACAAUAUGUGUUCAACCUGCACGUCAGAAUCAAAACUGUGUGCCUGAUGUUCACAAAACAAGAAAAUUUGCGGUUCAAGAAGUAAAUACACUAGAGAGACGCAAUAACAUCGGAGGGAAAUGUAAAAUACAAUGAUUGUUUGACAAUUCUUCCGUUCACAUAUUUUGGAAGUCCAAGGCAUCAUGCCAUAUGUUGUUCAACGGACGGUCAGAGUUAUUCAUUAAAUUUACUAACGAAGAACGUAAUUCGUCCUAAUGCAUGGAUUGACCAAAAUUGGGAUUUGAACAUUUUACUUACAAAGUAAAUAUGUUGAAUUCAACUGAAUUCAGAAAUUGUUUCAUUCAUUCAUUAGUUUAUUCAAUAAUGUAAUCAAUGAACACAAAUGAUUACUAAGCCAACGUUAGUCCUACGUCAACAUCGUGGUUAUAUCAUAGGUAUAAACCACCCAUAGUUUCCUAUAUUCGGUUUAUCGUCUUUAAGGUGGCCGGAUUGAUCGGAUGACAUAAAAUAUAAUAACUGAUUAAUGCCUGUUAUCGGUAAAUUGAGAAUAAUUAAUUAUACGCAUCGACUCAUAUUGUGAGCUGACGCCCGAAUGCAAGGGAAAAGAUUGCUCGUUGCGUUGUGGGGGAAAACGAGUGGCUCGUAAAAUCGUAAUAACAUACCCAUUUUAAUCGUUAAAUUGUUCACUUUUUUACUAUAUCCACUGUUCAUGUUUUAUGCAAAAAAAUUGCUGGAUAAAUGUCCUGCCUAAUGGUAUACAAUAUCAGCCAUUCCAUGCCAAACCGAUAUAGUGGUUCUCAGAUUUUGGUCAAAAGCGGUAAUUUUGUUCUUUAUUGCAAAACAUUAGACCCGUAUUUUUUUAUUUUUCUAUAAGGGUGCCUAUUUUUAGUUUAGGGUGGUCCGAAAAAUCAAAGUUUUUCACUUUUUCCCAAAAAUGACAUUUUUCAAAAAAUCAUGACUUUUGAACUACUGAACCGAUUUAAAUGAUCGAUAUAUCUAAUUGAAGUCAAUAAACUAGCCUUUCAUAAAAAAUAUUGAACUUGCUUAGAGGCGAAUGAAUUUCAAAGUUUAAAGCCUCUUAAAAACAAAGAAAGAAAGAAAGAUUGAACUUGCAAAAAAACAUAUUUUAUUUCCGUAAUUAUUAAUUGUAGUCGGUUUUUGUUGUUUUCAUGGCUUUGCACUAGAAGGCGCUGUAUUUUUUAGGUUUUUUUCUCGAAAGCUAAGGAUUGUUUACAUAACUUAUCUCGAUAUCAGAGAUGCUUUUUUUUGUUUUAAGAUAUGAUUUUCCAAAGUUAACCGAUGGUUCGAAAACCCUUUUUUUCAGGCUAGCUCAUUGACUUUAUUGGCUUGAUAUGUCGAUCAUCUAAAUCGGUUCAAUGGUUCAAAAGUUAUAAAUUUUCAGAAGAGUCAUUUUUGGGAAAAAGUGGAAAAAGUUGAUUUUUCGGAUCACUUUAAAAUGGAAAUGGGCAUUCUAACGAAAAUAUAUAAAAAAUACGGGUCUAAUAUUUUGCUAUGAAGUACAAAACUACCACUUUUCAUAGAAAUAUGAGAACCACUAUAUCGGUUUGGCAUGGAAUGGCUGAUAUAACAUAUAUCGCAAUAACGAUUUUGCGUGAUAUGUAUUUGAAAUCUCUUAAUGAAUCGUUACAUGCCGCAUUUUCAAUUUCGUUUCCUCUCUGUAUAAAAAUCAAAGACGUAGUCUUAAGUCAAAAAUAUUGACAUAUCAUGAAAAAAAAAACUUUAAAAAAACUUUUUAAUUAAAACGGUUUAAUGUACUGAAAGCUAGAAAAUAAUUAGGCAAGUAGCAGUUAGUAGUUAUCACAUCCCUUCCAAUGUUGAGACUAAAAUAAAAUCGCGUGCAUAUGAUGAAACAACUAAUUGUGGAAAAUUGAAUUCCGAAGUACUCCGCGAUUUUAUUUUAGUUAUCUGUAUGAUUAGUAUACCUCUCUACAAUAAAACCAUUUAAUCUUUUUUUUGUUUUUAUUUCUUACCUAAUUUUCUUCGGCAUAUUUUGAUGAUGAACUGUAUUCUAUUAGUCAAAUCAAUUCAUUCGAUACCAAUAUUGAGGCGAUUAAAAAAAAUACA